UUACUGAGAACGCCGUCAUAAUACAUGUAUGUUUGUCGAUUGAGUCGCAGUGUGCGAACAAUUUUUUACCAGCAUAGGCUCCAAUGUCGUUGCAGACGACGCCAGGCCGGAGUUAAUCGACGAAUGUUUUGGAAAAUCUACUGGUGGAAAUACAAUUAUACCAUAUCGCUUUGACGAUCACUGAGGAUUCAUGUAGCCGUGAUUAUACCUAAUUUAGGUUUGGAGUUGAAGGUCGCAGUUUAUAACUCUAUGUUUAGGAGGCUUCAUAGAACUGUAGCGCAUAGACUGAUAACUCGAGCGAUCAUCCCACUUUCUCAGCAGCGGAAGGAGCCAAGGCUAAGCGAGGGGAAUUUGUUUCAUUCUUUUCUGAUCCUUUAAGAGGUCCCAAAAUGAAUCGACGUGGCAAAACAAAGGAAGGUUUUCUGUAUGUGAAGCAACCAUCACGUUUUGGAAAGGCAUGGAAACGGAAAUGGGUUGUGAUUCGACCGAAUACCACCAAGGGCUCGGAACAAUCCUCAGUCCUCCUGGAACUGUACCUAGAGAAAGGUGCCUACAACAAGACCGUGACCAGUCUCCUGCUCGAAGGCAUCACCCAGAUCAAGAGGGUCAUCUCCAAGAGUCAGCCCAGGGCUUUCGAGUUCGUCAAGGGUUCGACUGUGUCCUUGACGCUGGCUGGUGAUAGCGAGACAGAUACGCAGGAAUGGAUCGAGAUCUUCAAGAAACUGUUGCUUCCUGCUUCAGAGCAGAAGGAACUAGACGCCAUCCAAGGCUACGGUAAAGAUGUAAUACGCGUCACGGUGGUGCCCAACAAGGAUUCUGAAAGGCUGAAGUUGUGUGGGACGUAUCUGGCCGGAGUGUCCCGUCUUCAGGUGACUCUACACAAUGUCCACACCGGGGAGAAAGCAAUUGAGUGGGACCUCAGACACAUGAAGAGGUUCAUGCUGCCUAGCAAAGGACCCCAGCAAGACCUAGAAAAGAUCGCCUGUUUGCAGAUCAGCAAUCGGAGUCCGCAAGGAGAAGGCGAGUACCUGUUUCACAGUCCGAAUGCCAAACCGCUUGUAGAGGCGAUCUACGACCGUCUGAGCUCGGCUAUCACCGUCAAGGAGCGACGAUCAAGAACGUCCUCAAUGCUCUUCGAGAUCCCACCUAAAGAACUGGAGCAGCUAGCCAAGGCGAUCCAAGAGGGUGGCGAUCCAGGGUUCGUCAUGGUCAACGCCGACGGCAGCCUCGAAGAUGAAACGUUCGAGAGCGAAGGAGAGAAGAAGGAAAACGGCGAAGCUAGUACUAACGGGAAAGCGAGUACUAAUGGAGAUGUAGAAGUAAAGGCAAAUAGAGAAAGCACGGAAAUUCAUGUCGAUAAUUCGUCUGCAGAGGAAGCUAAAUUGGAAAAUGGAGAAAUAAAUGAGGCAAAGCUAGAAAAUGGACAGAGUGAAGAAUUAAAGACUGAUGCAGAGGCUCUUCCAAAGGAAAGUAUGGUAGAUGAGACUCCCAUUGGCGGUGGCACAACAGAGGCUGCACAAGAGAAUAGGCUGACAGCGAAUGGCGACGAUAACUCGCCAAAGGUUGCCACAAAUGAAUCGCCCGUAGCAAAUAGUGCAGAUGUCACUGCGGAUAACAAUGCUGUGUCCGCCGACAAUGUCACCGAAGAAGUCGCUCAAAGUGAAAAGACUGGUGACGAGCAAAUCGGAAAUUCAGAAGAUGCAAAGGAUAAGGGGAGUGAACAACCAGAACCUGAAAGUUUACCCACCAAUAAUGCAAGCGCUGAUGAUUCAUCAAGUACAGCACCGGUAGAGACACAGGACUUUGCCGCUGGUCCUAUCGAUGCAGAAGAUGAGACGGAAGAACUUGGAGAGGGCACAGCAGAGGUUCAACCACGAAUGCCUCCAAGUUCUGAUGAACCGGAAGAACUUGAGGCAAGUGAAAAAACGGCAUCUAACGAUGUUAGCGAAGUAAUUGAUGAAAGAACAGUUGAGACAGUAGACAGUGUAGUAUCAGCUGAGAGAAAUAGCGAAGAGGUAGCAGAAGAACCACAAACGCAGUCCUUGACUGAGGAUAAUAAUCAGGUUGAAAUAAGCACAGACACUCAAGACAUUGAAACGGAAAGUGCCGCUAUUGAUGAAUCAAGUGCAUUAAAUGAGCAGUCGGUCACAACCUUGGAAAAUAACCAACAAGAAGUAGUCCCUGCAGAAGAACCGGAAGGUUCAGAGCCGAGUGAGGAAACCAGUACAGAGUCUCCACGACAAGUCGAGGAGACGACAGCAGAGGCUGCCUUGACGCCAUCUGAAUCCGGAAAGACCGAGAUUGCCGACGCGGAGGAAUCGCCAGCAUCGAAAGAAACGUCGAAAAGUGAAAACGAGUCACAAGAGCAGAAUGAGAAGGUUGCCGAUGGGGAGAACAUCCCAACAGAGCAGACACAAGAUAGUCCGUCACAACAAGUCGACAUAGCUCCUGACAGCUCGACAACGACGUCCGAUGAAGUAGCGCAAGAUGCAAAACCUGCGAUUCCGGUAGUCGAAACCGUGGAAUCGGUUGUCGUAGCUGAACCUGUUGUUUCAAAACCUGCGACUCCGGUAGUCGAAACCGCGGAAUCGGUUGUCGUAGCUGAACCUGUUGUUUCAAAACCUGCGACUCCGGUAGUCGAAACCGUGGAAUCGGUUGUCGUAGCUGAACCUGUUGUAGAUGCCCAAGAGAAACAUGAAGAGCCCACCGGCGAAAAUGCUAAUGAUGAAGAUACUGCAAUGUGAAGUAAUCGAUUUGGAAUACAUUGUAAGUUUCCAUCCCGUUAGAUGUGCCAAGAAAGACGGUUCAAAUGAAAGCAUUUUAAACCUUGAUCGCUAGAUAUUGAAUCCUUCACGUAAUGGGCAUAAAGACGAAUGACAGAUAUAAAUAAGGUUUAUUUAAUCUAUUCAAUAGAAACAGUGAAAGUAUUUUCAAAUUGAGUCCAUGAUGGUUGAAAGAAACUUAAAUCAUCGCCGUAAACUUGCAUUGCAAUCAGCAUCAUCCAUUGUGAUUUUGCUCAAGGCAUUGAAAAUUCUCCUUGUUUUCAGGCUAUUCCUGAGUGUAUGACAUGGUAGAGUCGUAGCUAACGAUUUAUAAAGUGUACGGCAUAUGACAUCCCAUAUGAAUUGAUAUCAUGACUAUUGAAUCAAUAUCGUCAAUAUCAACGCUCUAAUUAGCAGCACAAUUGCUGCAAACACGUGCGCCGUUAAGACCGCAGCAACUUUCUUGCAUAAUAUUGUAGAGCAUUUGUAUUGAGAUUUGCGAUGAAGUAAGUGUCAAGCGCAAUACAAACAAGUAUAAUUGUUAUUCUUAUACCAAACGAGAUGGACCUGUUAUGAAGUCGUUUGAGUCACGACGAGAUCUCUCUUUCAACAAGAGGUUGAUGGCAUGGAUGAAAGACAUUGUGAGCUAUAAGAAUAACUGUCAUCUUAGGUGUAAACCCUUUGCGGAUAUUGCUCCUAAUACGUUCCGGUAAAGGCGCAUGCCGGAAAGCACAAUUUGCCAAAUGAAUUGCAUCAUAGAGAACAAUCACACCCUACUUGCGAUAGAGAGAGGUAUGAGUGUGAAGCUUGGCGUGACGAUCGUAUCAUGAGGCCUCAUUCAGUUUACUUUUUAAAGGAAAGUAGUUUGUUAAUCUCGCUUCCUAAUCUUUGAAAUCAUGAACACGUGCGUUAUUAUUUUGGGGGGUUGCUUUCUUACGAUAUUCGAAAAAAUGUUCAAAUUUUGGUUUUGGUUUGGUAUUUUAUUACAAAUAAUUCCCUUUACCAGUCGUGUAAUGCAAACGAAUCCAUUUGAGAUGAGCUUCUACUUUUGUAAUCAUGCCAACAAUUAAAUUGUUAUUUUAUAACAUGAUCUCUUUAAUAUGAUGAAUUUACAAUAGAUGUUUUAUUAACAGCAUGUAACAGAAUGGCAUCUGACGAAGAUGAGGAAGAAGUUGAUGUUCCCUUUAACCUACAUGUAUCUCCGACAUUAUGGUGCCACAUUAAUAGGCAACAUUAGUUGGCGAGGUCUCAUGGAAAGUGCCAGCUAUCAUUGAUAACAGAUUACCAAAAUGCAAUUCACAGUGAAUCAUUCAAAUCUCUUGUAUAAACACUAAUCUACAGCAAGCCGCAUGUAAUAUCAUUUAUAUACCAUCAGUGAAUUAAAGAUUAGACUUUAAUCCCUCACUUUUCUAGUUUUCUUCCAUCCACCCCUCCCUCUUCCGCGAUAUUAUGGACCUUACAUCAUGUUACAGGACAGAAAAGUUACGUAGAAAGCCAAAGUAAAUUUCAUUAAUAUUGUUGUUUUUUCUCCAGAGAACAUGACUUUCAGUUUAUGCAGAGACGUGAGAUGUAAUCUGUUUGCAAAUAUGAACCUGUUGACAAAAAAAUGACGUUGCUGUCUCUGUCAAACCUCAGACAAACUGCCGAGAUAUCGUAAAUAGUUUCCAAAGUCUGCAAAGAUUUUGAAUAGGCCUAUGUCAGUAAAAGGUCAUUUAUAGUUGGUCUAAAACAAAGUUUGUUUAAAAAAAAAAAGACUGGUAUUAGUAUAUAAAGUUGAAUCAGUAUCGGAUCCAGGUAUAAGGGCACAUCCGGUCCGUGCCCCCCCCCCCCCCCCUUUUGUGAGUCCCCGAAUUUUUUUAGGGGAAUAUAUCAUGCAUAUGCAAAUAAGGACCUUUCCCCCCUCUUUUUCUUUAUUUUUAUUUUGUUUAUUCAUUUUUUUUUCUGCUUGUCAAAAUUCUCAUGGAACAAAAUGACCUCCAUUAAGUAUUGAAAUUUUUUUUGCUUGUUAUUUUUUUCCUGUACAAAAUGCCCCCUUUUAAAAAAAAUAUUGGACCCGCCCGCGCAUGGGUUGAAUGUCUAUCUCAUAACGUAUGUUACAGUCUCAUCAACGGACUCGACUCCAGCCCGAUCAUUGCUACAACGUUAUUUCAAAUGGUAUACCAUCGAUCAGUUAGGAGUCUGUAACUUUAGCGACACUUCCUUUCUGUUCUUAUUUACCCUUCGAGAUUUUCUGAAGUAACAUUCUGCGGGACAAAAUGCCACAAAAAGACCAAAAAGGGCUAUAAUUACAAAUAUGCACGAAAAACUUUAUGUAAGGGCUGCUUUGCUUCUCUCUGUGCUGCUGUAAAGGUAAACAUAUUGUUUCGUUUCAGCAUUGUCGCUCUUCGAGAAUGAUGAAUUGUUCGAAUACCCUUUUGAGUGGCAAAACAAAAGUACGUACUCGAGCAUAACUAAUGUUGUAUGCUGCUCAUGCAUUAUGGUUUCUUCGCUGGUUAUGAUUAGUUUAGAGUGCCUAUUAUGAAAAAUACACAAUAGUUUUUAUGCAGCGCGAUGACGAGUGUUGUCAUUGGCUUGUGUGUAUCUAUUUGCCAUAUAGAAUUUGUUAUAUAAAUUCAACAGAUUGCAAACAUUUAGUGAUUACUAUAUUAGUUAUUCCAUGUUAUUAUUUAGACGAUAUACUCGUAAUACUGUACUGUAGUUCAUCUAGAUACUGUUUUCAUUGUACAUUGAUGACGGCAUGUACGAUGAUUAGAAUACUAAUUCCUGCCACCUUUUUCAAGAACCGUCACAAAAGCUAGGGUUUCAUGUGCAGAUCGAAAUACUUUUACGUUAAGCUUCUUGUCGGGCCACAAAUACAUGACAUAACUUACAUUUUUAUUAUAAUAAGAUAUGCUAGUAUUCGGAUGAGACCAUUUAAGACUCCGAAACUUUAUUAUUAUUAUCUGGUUCAAAAUAUUCAAAAUACCAAGAGUUUGUUAUAUUUCGUCGAUAUAGGCUGUUUGUCUGUACCCUUGCUGAAAAUGUAGACCAGUUCAGAUUUUAAUAAAGGGGACCUUGCUGGAUAUAUGACUGAAAACUUCGGUGACAUAUAUUCAAUAUAUGGGGGGAAAACAUUGUUAGACUGAGAUAUCAAAAUCCUGAUUUAUAUUUCGUUAAAAAAGUAAUCAUACAAUAAUCUGUUAUAUUUAGAUCAAUAUCUAGUUUAUAUGUUAUGGUUAAUUGUUAUCGCAUUCUAUUAUAUUUAUAUUUUACGUUUAUUCACUAUUAUUUCAUUUGUAAUUUCAUCUUGUACAAACUGUUAGUAUCAGUAUACUUCUGUACAUUAUAAUACAGUUUAACUGCGGCAUUUUUCUUUGUGUAUGUAAAGUAGUAAAUCGUCAGCAAAUGUGUACGAAUUGUAAACUGAAAGAUUUAACUUCAAUUCGGUAAUUGCCGAUUCAGGUUCAAUUUCCAGAUAAGACCAGUCCUCUACGAAACGUUUCGUAAUGACAGACUUGAUAACUUUAUUCUACUAAUUUUUGAAUGAAAUGCUGUAACUUUGAGUGGCAGUUGGUAAAUUAUCUGCGCAUUUUUAAUGUUCAAAAACAAGGCUUCUUCAUAUUCCAUGAACACGGAAUACGUUAAUGCACAAACUUUUACUCCUCGACAUUUCUCACAUUUACAUUUGCUUAUUUCCGAUAAACAUUUUGUGUACAUUUGAUGUAUUUUUACGCUGCAUGUUAUUCUUGCCCUUGAUUUGUUUAUCAACUCGUUAUUAUUUUUUAUGACGUCGAGCUCGAGAAAAAUGUGCUACCUGUGUACAUUUCAAGAUGACCAUACGCACUGCAGUUUAAUGUUUAUUUCAGUAUGUUGUGUGCUCUAUGAUUAAUCUUUUUCACACUGAUGUGAAGGGGGGCGGGGGGCUCUUGACUCUAUUUUUUCCUUUCUCGCUCUCUUUCCUCUCUCCCUCACUUCCCUCUCUUCUCCCUUAUAGAUUUGGCAUGGUGUGCUUUAUUUAUUCCCCUUCGCGUUUUUCAAUAUAUGACUUUUUUAAUUGACCUCGUCACACAGUUGCACAAGAAUAUUUAGGAUUGGCAUUGAUGCAGAUUAUUUCUCUUCUGUUUUUACGUUUUCAUUAUCCACAUGGUGGACUGUGAUGAACAUAUUGUUGUGCAUUUUCAUAUUGAAGUUCGUUAUCAUGUUUGUGUAAUAAUUGGCAUUGGUUUGGGGAUUUGCUUUUAUUUGAAAAUACUCUUUAAUUUUUCUUAUUCUUAAUCCCUGCAAUGCACACUGGAUCAAGGACCUGUACUGCACAGAAUGCUUUAAAACCUUUUUUUCCUGAAGAAAAAAAAAUAAUGAUAAUGUGCACAUGGGGAAGGUUUCUUUUUACCAUUUAUUCCUACCUUGUGUUGAAAUGUCGGCAAAAUAAUUAAUCUUAUUUAGAAAUGGUUAUAUCUAUACGCAUUCUUAUUACAUUCUGUGAAUCAUAUUUAUGUUCUUGAAUAGACAAAAGUAACCUUAACAAGUUUACAAUUUUAUCAUUAUUUACUUAAGCAAGCUAUAAUUGCCCAUUAUAGCAGCAUAAGUUCCUUUGUAUAUUUAUUAAUAAUGGCUGAUAUAGUCAUUUUAAGUUGAUUUUUGUUGGAAAGACAUUAAAUAAAUUUCUUUGACAUCUUUUCCAAACUUUGCUUUAAAUUUCGUUUAAUGGAAUGUGCUAUCAUGGUGUGAUUCAUGAGCUUGUGCUGUUUGAGUGAAAUAUACAUUACUUCACCGAUGACUGGAAUAGGCCUAGUAUGGCAAGCCAUUGGGGUGCCAACUUCACAUGUUCGUUAUUGAGUAGUUUCAAUCAAAUAGUAAGAAAGUACUGGCCUGCUUUGCUCUAAAAUCAUUUAACAAAAAUGAAUUUCAACAUCAACAAUGUUCAUCAUCACACAUCUAUAUAUUUCAACAUUACUUGAUGCGAAUGUGAUAAGAAAUAUGGAAUUCCAUUCUGCAAAAGUUGUUGAUGAAAUCAUGCUGAAAUGUACAAACAUCUAAAUGAAACACCCAAAUUCCACUUAAUCUAUCAUUAACAAGGUAUUUUAUUUUACUAUGAUUUUUCUUUCCAUGUAUUCGAACCGGUUUUUCGCGAGUGAAUAUAUUGUUCUUGUCGAUUAUUGGCAUUUAUAUGAAAAGAGAUCUUAUAUUGCAUUAAAUAAUACAGAUAUAUCUGUGAA